CUACCCCACGUCCAUGCUCAUAUCCGGAGAGAGAGAGAGAGAGAGAGAGCGAGCGAGACACACAGAGAGAGAACGAGAGGAGGGAAAGACUGGCGUCCGUCUUUAUUGCUCUGCAGACUUGUGCGUGACCUAUCUGCUCCCGGAUUUCCCUGCAACUUUUUAUUUUUUUUUUUGUUUUGUUUUUGCGUUUUUUUAUACUGUUGUUCUUGUCGCAUUCCUCCUUCCUUUGGAAUGAACUGUUUUUCUGCCUGCAUCGUUUCCAUGUCAGCAUGGGAACUGCUGUGUCCAAGAGGAAGAAUUUAAGAAACGAUGCGAUUUCUUCUGUGGCAGCAAAAGUUAGAGCAGCACGAGCAUUUGGAGAGUACCUGUCCCACACACACCCUGAAAACCGAAACGGAUCAGCUCAUCUUCUGUGUGAAACCUUGGUGGGUCCCGACCCGGAGUCGCCAAGUGACACAAUUGGCCCCAGCAACAACAACCACCUCCAUUCCUGCUCCAACACAAAGGGCUGUGAGGACAAACAGGAGACCAGCCUAGUGACACAGCCACUGGGCUUACUUCAGCCACCUCCGCCUUCCAUCACAAUUUCUACCAAGGUACCAGCACGAUUGUCCCUUGAGCGCAGCUUCUCAGUGGAGGAAGACCAGCAGAAGUGUGUGGAGUGUACACUGCAACCCUCACGCGUGUACACCAUCACCACCCAGCACGGUAUGCUGAUGAGCACCGGCCGGGGCAGCAAGGAGAGCCUAGAACUGGAUGUCCUAAAGGAGAAGUCGGGGAGUGGUGGGGUAGGAUCUAGAGGUGGCUCGGUCCAACCUUCCACUUCUCCUUCCUCCGCCUCAUCGUCUCCAACCCAAUACCACCGUCCAGGCAAUGGCCGUGGCACCAGCAGCUGUGGUGGCAGCCACCAUCACAGCAACCACCACCAUAGCAAUCACCAUCAUGGGAACCACCACCACCACAAUGUUUCAGGCACGAAUCCACCUUCCAGCAGUGGAGGAAGUAGUGGGGCAAGUGGAAGCAGCAGCAGCAGCAACCAGCAGCAGCUAGCCACCGCAGGCGCUCACUCUCAUCAUGCAUCACACCACCACCCCCACCAUCAUCAUCACCUGUCUCAACCGCCCCUGCAGACCUCCGUCAGUGCCCACAACAUUCGUAGCUGGGGCGAAAGUGGAAAAGGGGAGGCGGAGUGCAGCGGGUUGGUUUGUGACUCAUGCAGUACUGCUCCCUCACGAAGCCAGGGUUCGCUGGACCUGGAGAGUGCAUCAAGAGAAGCAGGCAAGCAGCACCGACGCCUAGAGCGGAUGUGGAGUGUGGACCGGAUGACUGGGCUGGAGAGAGAGGACACCAACUGGUUCCCCAAGGAAAAUAUGUUCACCUUUCAAACUGCCACAACAACCAUGCAGGCGAUAUCGGCUUUCCGGGGAUUUGUGCAGAGAAAAAGGAGAGAGAGGGAGCAGGAGUCGGCAGAAGUCAUCCAGAGGAACUUCCGGAAGCAUCUUCGGAUGGUGGGCAGCAGAAGGAUUAAAGCACAGAGUGGAGACCUGCAGACCUCUUGUGGCACCCUGGAUGAAGGAGGUCUUGAUGACACUAUAGACUGGGAGGAGGAAAGAGAGAUGGAGAGGCUGGCCUGUGAGGGAGAUGACUUUGUACCUCCCAAAAUCAUGCUGAUCUCUUCUAAGGUCCCCAAAGCGGAGUACAUUCCCACCAUAAUCCGCAGGGAUGACCCCUCCAUCAUCCCCAUCCUCUAUGACCAUGAACAUGCAACUUUUGAUGAUAUUUUGGAGGAAAUAGACAAGAAGCUCACAGCUUACAGGAGAGGAAGCAAGUUCUGGAGGAUGCUCAUCUUUUGUCAGGGAGGCCCCGGUCAUCUCUAUUUACUGAAGAAUAAAGUGGCAACCUUUGCUAAGGUGGAAAAGGAGGAGGACAUGAGCCAAUUCUGGAGGAGACUCAGUCGCUUCAUGAGUAAAAUCAAUCCAGAACCAAACCUGAUCCACAUAAUGGGAUGCUAUGUCCUGGGUAACCCCAAUGGAGAGAAGCUGUUCCAGAAGCUGAAGAAUCUGAUGAGGCCUUAUUCUGUUGAGUUCGAGUCGCCGCUGGAGCUGUCUGCGCAGGGCAAAGAGAUGAUCGAGACAUACUUUGACUUCCGCCUCUACCGCCUUUGGAAGACACGGCAACACUCCAAACUCUUGGACUAUGAGGAUUUUUUGUGACAAAGACAUCUGGAUCAACGGUGCAGCGGAGCCGUCCAGUGCCACGAGGAACCUGUUAAAACUGAUCCAGCAACUGAACAUUGCGUUACUGUAGUGGUUGGCCUGUCAAGUCAACACAUACAGUCAUACCUGCUUUCACCCUUGAGAGGCUUCGGAGAAGAGGGAAGGCAGCAGCAGAACAAGGGGCUGAAGAUAAAUGAAAUUAUGCUGUGCCUCUGCUCUUCCUCCUUUUCAAAACUAAAUGUCACAGACUAACAAAAAAAGGCCGAAUCAGCAUCAAGAAAGAGGAAAAAGCAAGAGAGAGAUGGAUUAUCUGCAUCAUAGCAAACAAAUAUGUCUGCCUCUUGAGUUUGAAAGCAAAUCCAUAUAUCAAAUGUGUAAAAAAAAAAAAAAAGAAAAGAAAUACCAUUUGAGUCACACUUCUCUGUUGCAAGGACUUAAUUUUUGAAGCUGAUGUGCUUCAGAAAACUUGCUGAAACUCAUUCUGUCAUACUGUGGUUCUGUGUUUUGACUGGACCUCUCCAAUAAUCUCAGACCCCAGAGUGAAAUACAAAAUAAACCAUAUGUCGAUGUGUGUAUAUAUCACAUUAAUAUAUUAGCAUAGCUUCAGUCAUGCAAAUACUCUAUAUGAGAGAAAUGAGGCAUCAUUUAUUUUUGAUGUGCAUUGUUGUGCAGUUUCAUAUGGAAAUACUUUGGAAUAACUCAGGUUUUAGCCAUGAAGUAAUUAACCUGUUUGUCUAUCAAGAUAUUGUAAUCUUCAUCACCAUUGCUUGGAAUGAAUGUAUUAUCGCUCCAGAGAUGCGUCUUUGGUUCGAGGAACUAUUGUUUUGGGGUGGAAAGUACAAUGUUCUGACAUUGUGUGAAUGUGUGUUUUACUUGUUAAAAAACAAAACAAAAAAAGCAAACAAAAACAUGCAGAUGUGUGUAUUUUCUCUAACUGCUCCUCUGGUAAAGGAAAACUUUCAUUCCCAAAACUAUCCUUCUGUCACAUACAUCCAAACGCAAAGACAGUCUAGUAUCCUUCAUGAUGUCAAGAGGGAUGUAACAGCCAUGCAAGUGCUCCUAGUCCUGUAAGUGUAGGAGUUUCCUUAUUGAUCUCUCCUGCUCUUUUGCAGAAGGUUCAGGCCACUUAGCAGGCCCUUGUCAACAGUGCGGGCUGCACUCGCUAUCUGCCAAACACACUUGGCUUCUCUUAAUGGCAGCCAACCAAGCUUCCGCUGCCUCUCGCUUCACUGGGCUGUGAUCCAGUCCGAGGACCAGAGCUUUCCGAAUUUGCCAGGAGUUUAAGCUGUUAGCAUCUAUUUGCUUCCCCUUCUAGGUGUCACUGUAUGACUGACUCGAGUGACCUGAGCAGUCUCAAACAGAUUAAGGAGGGUCAAGCGCUCACACAAACAUACAGUACAUGCACACAAAUGCUAGGGCUGGGACAGAAAUAUAGUUUAAGAAAUCGUUAAAUCAGGGCUAAGUUAAAAAGCCAUUUUACACGUACAGUACCACGUCUGAAGGUCAGUUCGCUCGUAAUGAGAAGGACUGCUCCCGUGAAAAUGUUUUAUAAUGUCUUCUGUGGCUCAGGGGGAACAUUUUAGAAAGAAGUGAACCUGGUUUAUGUGAGAGCUUGCAUUACAAACUGGUGGUGUUGAAUUUGAAAGAUGUGGGAGUUUGGACUGAAAGAAAAGUUGCAUUAGGGGAAGUGUAGGAUUCAGGGUUUUAAACUGUGACUUAAAUCAAGAUCACAUGUUAAAAGGAAUUGAUUCAGAAAUCCUGCUCAUCCCAAAGGUUCACAGACUCUAAACAUUUAUCAAAAGCAGCUGAUUCAAUCACAUUCUGAUAAGUGCCCAAGAUCCUAAAAUCUACACUUCCCAUAAUAGUUUUAUGUAACAAAAAGCAGCAACUCUUAGAAAGCACAAAAAUCUCAAUUCUACAUUUUUUUAUUUAUUUUUUUGCCAUCUAAAGCAGGUAGUCUGCAAAAUAUUCUGCCUCUGUUUAAAUGUGUCAGCCUGAGAAAUAAGCUGAGGCCAGAAUAUUGAGCUGUUGUGCUUCCUGAGUGCUGUGUCAGAGGGAGCAAUUAUUGUGAAUGCAUUUACGAUUUACUUGAAGGUGCAACACAACGUGACGUGAAGUCACAGCUUUCUGUUCAGCACUUCUAAAUGUUCUGAAUGGUUUCGAAUGUAAUUUCAAACCGAUUGUUGAGUGUGGGUGCAGAGGUUGCAGUCAGGAUGGUGAAACCUUUCAGAUUAGAGUGGUCAACCUGUCCUAGCCCUGCGUAACACAGACACAUGCAAAUAAACACACACCAGGCAAAGCUUUUCUACAUCAGUGUAUGGUAAAUACUUUUCCAUUUGUCAUUUAUUUGUGUGGAUGUGUUAAUAUUUGAGCAUUAUGAGCAGAACUUUUUUGUGUUUUUAAGUCAGCCAGUCUCACUGGAGUGCUCUCUACAGGCUUAACAUUGGUUUUUAUUUGCAUUUGUCCUCUCUGACUUAGAAAUGCUGGCCUACAGUUUGUCUGGCACAGUUAAGUGCUCUCUCAGCCUGAGUCACGGAGUACAUGUUUUCACUACAGAUUUAAAAGUCCACAGUUAUGCAAAAUGCCAUUUCCUGAGUCAUUUUAAUUCCAGAAAAAAAAAAGCAUUAUGCUGCCAAAUUCUUGAAGAUUUUGUCCUAAAUGGCUUCUGGAUUUAAUGGGAUAUUAUUUGAUAGGGUGAAUUCAAAAGCACCAAAGAAAAGAAAUUAUAAUUUACAAUACUCUAAAUUCACUGACCUCUGACUCAGGAGUUUGAGAGCACUUUCCUCUGUUUUCAAACAAACAAAUAAACAAAAACCAACAUUUCACCAGAAAUCUAAUUAAAGAUGCAAAUGUGUCUA